AUGAUGGCAUUCAGUCUCAAGACCAUCAUUGGUCUUUUGUUUCUAUUCGGAUUGAGCUCCGCGCUUAAAUUCGAUCUUACGGCUACAUCGUCGUCAAAGAGCGAGCGAUGCAUUCGCAAUUUCGUCUCGAAUGGGCAGCUCGUUGUCGUCACGGCGAUUGUGUCAGGGACCAAGGGCGAUGGUCAGCUUGUUAAUAUGCAUAUCAAAGAUGCCAUGGGCAAUGAUUACGGUCGUCCCAAGGACAUUGUCGGCGAGACUCGCCAGGCCUUCACGUCGCCUGCAGACACGGCUUUUGACGUCUGUUUUGAGAAUACCGUGACCAACACACGCCACAUGCGAGGCCCCGUCUCCCGCGAAAUCGAACUCGACAUCGAAAUCGGCGCUGACGCCCGCGACUGGUCCAGCAUCCAAGCGCAGGAGAAACUAAAACCCGUCGAAACCGACUUGCGCCGCAUUGAAGAGGUAGUCGGCGAAAUCGUAAAUGAGAUGGAAUACCUGCGCCAUCGCGAGCAGAAGCUGCGCGACACGAAUGAGUCGACGAAUGAGAGAGUUAAGUGGUUCGCAUUUGGGACGAUGGGUAUGUUGAUGGGGUUGGGUGCUUGGCAGGUUGUUUAUUUGAGGGCUUAUUUCAGGCCCGACAAAGAUCCAAAGGCUGUUCGCAAAAUCAUCUUGUCUACUCCUACAAACAACGCCCCUUCGUCCAUCGUCUACCUCGGUACUCAAGGGGCCUAA